AUGAGGGCGUGCCCUUCGCCGCUCAAUAGAUUUAUCGGGGACAGCUUGGUUCCCAAGGGGAUGAUCGACCGCCCAGUGACUCUGGGGAUGGAGCCCAAGAUUAGGACUGUGAUGGCUGGAUUUUUAGUGGUAGACUGCCUUACCACAUACAAUGUCAUCCUUGGAAGGCCGAUCUUGGAUGACUUAAGCACAGUCACAUCAGUGUGCUGCCAAGCAAUGAAGUUUCCAACUCCCCAAGAGGUUGCAAUGAUCAGGAGCUACAUAAAGGAAUCUUGGGAAUGUUACAACUGGGCCAUACACACAGCAAAAAAGUGGCCACUCUCGAGAAUAAUGGUUAUAGCAGAAUCCAAGCCAAACCCCGGACCACUCAAGGAUAUAAUAGAUUAUCACAUUCAUAGAAAAGAGCCCACAAUAGGGCCGACAGAAGAGCUACGAGAAAUAAGUGUCAAUGAGGAAGAUCCAACUCGUGUACUGAAGAUCAACAACAGUUUGAGUGGAGAAAUGGUCGAUAAUCUGGUGGGGUUCCUGAAGAAAAACCUUGAUGUGUUCGUGUGGGCACAUGUAGAUAUGGUGGGGAUCAACCCCAAGGGAAGUCAAAUGCCCGGACUGGCUCGCCAACUCGGUCCUGGUCAAGAAGUCGAAUGGCAAAUGGUUAUGUCAUUUGGCCUCAAGAAUUCUGGGGAGACCUACCAGCGCUUGGUGAACAAGAUGUUCACUAACCAAAUCGGCAAGACCAUAGAGGUUAGAAUGGGCAUUUUUGAGCAAAUGAGGACAAAAUUGGUUAUUUGUGACUCAGAAGUUAGCUGA